AUGUUUGUUGAAGAAGGCUCCAGAUUAUAUCCACAGCGCAAGAAAAGAUGUUCAGGUAUUACAUCACAUGUAUACCUUGGGGGGUCGCUGCUGAUGUCACAUUUGUUUGUUUAAUUUGUAUACUGCCCUUCAUCUUUAGAUCUCGGGAUGGUUCACAACAUAAAAAUACAAUAUAAAAGCACAAAAUAACAUUAUAAUAGCAAGAACAAAACCCUUCUGCAGCAGCCAUUCUGCCAUUUCAGUGUCAAACCAUGCAUUUAUGGCACAGUGCAAUUCUUGCAAGUGAUUUUUCUUCUUUUUUAAUAGAUCAACUUCGGAAGGUGAAAAACAUUGAAGCCCUGCCCUGUGCAUCCUGAGUGACAUCCCAGUAAGGUCUGCCACAAGAUAUGCAUGUGUUAGGUGCAAGACCACAGGGGAUAUGGCAGACAAAUAUUAUGUAAGUCAGGCUUCCUCAAACUGCCCUCCAGAUGUUUUGAGACUACAAUUCCCAUCAUCUCUGACCACUGGUCCUGCUAGCUAGGGAUCAUAGGAGUUGUAGGCCAAAACCAUCUGGAGGGCUAAGUUUGAGUAAGCCUGAAUUGUAAGUAGUGCAGUGUAGAACCAAGAAUAAUUUGGAUGACCUUGAAACACCCAAGAGUUCACUUCUAACAAUAGUGUAUAUGCAAUUUGGAGCAAUAAGAGAAGCCAGUGUUUAACAUCCUCAUUAAACUAUGUUAAUUAUCUGAGGGAAAUGUCUUAGCAGAAAAAUUACAGAUUUCUGUGAUAUUGGACAAUACCAAAGGGAGAAUGUUUUUUUAAAAAAAAAUUAUACUUAAGCCUCUGUGGCUAGCACUCUAUGUUUAGCAUGACUCAGAGUUUGAAGAAUAGCUAAAGGAUCAAUUUGUCUAUAGAGUUAUUAGCAACUGGUGUGCUCUGAAUUACCAAGUGCGGCCAGUAGAGAAAACUGGUUAGAAGCAAAAGGCCGGGAACUAUGCAUAAUGUAGGUAGCACUGCAACUGGACUUGCAAAGAUUUUACCACCCUGCUCCACUCCAGGCAUCCAACAGGGGAAAUCUAAAAAUGCUGUUUGAAUGAUUAAUACCUUCUUACUACCUUCAGCAUCAUAGAAUCAGCCAGUAGUUCAAGAGCAUGGAUUUAUGUCUGCAGUGCAAUCAGACAUUUUCCUCUUGAGAAUAACACAAUUUAAGAAUUGCAACAGACCAUUCUCAAAAUAAGUAUGUUAAGUAGGAGAAUAGGAAUGUUAAGACCAAUGCUCUGGAAAUAUUAUCAACACCACAUAUUUCAUGUAUUAGUUCAGUAGCAGAAGAUGACAUCUAAAUCUAUAUAGAAAAAUAAAAAGUCUCAUACAGAUCGUAAAAUAUUAUUUGAUUGCAGGGGACGAAGCUGAGUUGAAUCCCAAAUCUGUUGCAUUUUAACCACACAAGCAGAUUACUGGACUGUAUAAAAUAAAAUUGUGACAGUUGCUCAUUUUCCUGUAAACAAAACAGAAGUAAACUAUCAUUAUGAGAUUAAUAUGGAUAUUUAAAAUCAGGUAUUGUGAGAAACAUGCCAUUAUAAUUCAUGUGCCUAUGGAAGGAAACAUAGAAUUAGUGUACCAAAACAGAGAGUGUGGCACAUUCACACUGAUCAGCUUUAGCACCAGGACAAGCUUUUUAAUUCAGACCAACCUCUUGAGAACUUUGGCCAUUUUUGCCUCACUGUAUUUCAAUUUGAAUUUGCAUGCCUCUAUGCACAUUGGACUGCUCACCUAGCAGUUCGAAAGCACCCCUAAGUGCAAGUAGAUAAAUAGGUACCGCUUUAUAGCGGGAAGGUAAACGGCGUUUCCGUGUGCUGCGCUGGUGCUGGCUCGCCAGAGCAGCUUCGUCACGCUGGCCACAUGACCCGGAAGUGUCUGCGGACAGCGCUGGCUCCCGGCCUCUUAAGUGAGAUGAGCGCACAACCCUAGAGUCGGACACGACUGGCCCGUACGGGCAGGGGUACCUUUACCUUUUAUGCACAUUGGAAUGGCUUGGUGUGUUUUGAAAUCUCCUAUUUUGUGUACAAACCAUUGGGCAGACAGGGUCAGCUUCAUCAGGUGCUUUAAACAUUUCCACCUUCUCCCAUGUAGGUUCAGUAGCCUGAAGUCCCAGGAGAGAUGUGCUCUGGCUGAAGCAAGGCUGAGAAAGAGGGAGAGAUUCCAUCAUGGCACUUGCCUUGUCUGCUCAUGAUGCUUAUGAGAAAUGAACUAUAUGACGGUUGAUAGGCACAGGGAGAAGUACAGGUGAGUAGAGUGCCAGAAGUGAAUGAUUCCAAAGUGCAGGUAGGAAGUGGGAUUACACACACCCUGCUGAUGUCAUAGACUUAGGACCACCCCAACACAUGUAUUCUUUUUUUUUUUUUAAUAAUGAUAUUUAUUAAAGUUUCACAAAAAUACACAAAACAAAGAAAAAAGUAUAAAGUACAGCAAAAAAGUAAAAAAUAAGAAAAAACAUACAAAAUAAAACAGUUAAAAACACAAUAAUGUUCCAUAACCUAUCUUCCUUACUCUUAUUUCCCGGACCUCCUCAUACCUCCCUUCUUUGUAUUCCAGUUCCAUUUGUUGGUUCAGCAAAUCCUUACCAUUAAUCUUUUACCCAAUUGUUAACCUUUUUUUUUUUCCAUAUCUCUUAAAGCAUUACAGCUAAAAACCUCUUAGUUUCUAUCCAACAUCCUUCUAAAGUUCCUUAAUUUUGCAAUAUUUCUGUAAAUAGUCCUUAAAUUUUUUCCAGUCUUCUUUCACCGAUUCUUCUCCCUGGUCUCGGAUUCUGCCGGUCAUUUCCGCCAAUUCCAUGUAGUCAAUCACCUUCAUCUGCCAUUCUUCCAAAGUGGGUAGAUCUUGUGUCUUCCAAUACUUUGCAAUAAGUAUUCUUGCUGCUGUUGUAGCAUACAUGAAAAAGUUCUGUCCUUCUUUAGCACCAGUUGGCCGACAAUGCCCAAGAGAAAGGCCUCUGGUUUCUUCAGAAAGGUAUAUUUAAAUACCUUUUUCAGUUCAUUAUAUAUCAUUUCCCAGAAAGCCUUAAUCUUUGGGCACGUCCACCAAAGGUGAAAGAAUGUACCUUCAGUUUCUUUACAUUUCCAACAUUUAUUGUCGGGCAAAUGAUAAAUUUUUGCAAGCUUGACUGGGGUCAUGUACCACCUGUAUAUCAUUUUCAUGAUAUUCUCUCUUAAGGCAUUACAUGCCGUAAACUUCAUACCUGUGGUCCAUAACUGUUCCCAGUCAGCGAACAUAAUAUUAUGUCCAACAUCUUGUGCCCAUUUAAUCAUAGCAGAUUUCACCGUUUCAUCCUGAGUAUUCCAUUUCAACAGCAAGUUAUACAUUCUUGACAAAUUUUUAGUUUUGGGUUCUAACAAUUCUGUUUCUAAUUUUGACUUUUCCACUUGGAAGCCUAUUUUCUUAUCCAAAUUAUAUGCCUCCAUUAUCUGAUAGUAGUGGAGCCAAUCUCUCACUUUAUUUUUUAAUUUUUCAAAACUCUGCAAUCUCAAUUUAUCUCCUUCUUGCUCCAAAAUUUCUCAAUAUGUCGGCCAUUUGGCCUCCAUAUUGAGCCUUUUCAGAGCUUUUGCUUCCAUUGGUGAUAGCCACCUUGGGGUUUUAUUUUCCAAUAAGUCUUUGUAUCUUAUCCAAACAUUAAACAAUGCUUUCCUAACAAUAUGGUUUUUGAAUGCUUUGUGUGCUUUGACCUUAUCAUACCAUAAAUAUGCAUGCCAUCCAAAUACAUUGUUAAAACCUUCUAGAUCCAAAAUGUCUGUGUUUUCAAGAAGUAGCCAUUCUUUCAGCCAGCAAAAAGCUGCUGAUUCAUAAUAAAGUUUAAAGUCUGGCAGGGCAAAUCCACCUCUUUCCUUGGCAUCAGUUAAUAUCUUGAAUUUUAUUCUGGGCUUCUUGCCCUGCCAGACAAAUCUAGAAAUAUCUCUCUGCCACUUCUUGAAACAGUCCAUCUUAUCUACAAUUUGUAAUGUCUGAAACAAAAACAACAUUCUAGGCAAUACAUUCAUCUUUAUCACAGCAAUACGGCCCAGCAACGAGAGUUUCAAAUUUGACCAAAUUUCUAAAUCUUUUUUUCACUUCCGUCCAACAUUUUUCGUAAUUAUCUUUAAAUAAGUUCCCGUUUUUGGCUGUCAUAUUAAUCCCCAAGUAUUUCACUUUCUUUACCACAUUCAAUCCUGUCUCAUUCUGAAACCUCUCUUUCAAUCGGUGUUAAGUUUUUCUCUAAAACCUUAGUUUUUAACUUGUUCAAUUUAAAACCUGCCACCUGACCAAAUUCCUGAAUUAAUUCUAAAACUCUUUUAGUACUAGAUUCUGGCUCCUGUAACGUCAAUACUAGGUCAUCUGCAAAUGCUCUCAAUUUGUACUGUUUAGCUCCGACCUGUAUGCCCUUAACCAACCGGUCCUUUCUAAUCAUAUUUAGCAAAACCUCCAGGACCGAUAUAAAAGCAGUGGGGAAAUUGGGCACCCCUGUCGUGUCCCUUUUUCUAUCUUAAAUUCUUCCGUAACCACAUUAUUUACAAUUAAUUUAGCCUUUUGUUCAGAGUAUAUUGCACCUAUACCAUUUUCAAAACCUUGGCCUACCCCCAUCCCAUGCAGAUUCUUCUUCAUAAAACUCCAAGAGAUAUUAUCAAAAGCUUUCUCCGCGUCAACAAAUAUCAAUACUGCUUUGGUGUUUAUAUUCACUUCUAAUUUUUCCAAAAUAUCAAUUAUAUUCCUCAAAUUAUCAGACAGGUGUCUUCCCGGGAGAAAGCCCGCUUGGUCUUUAUGAAUCUCUUUCAUCAAUACUUUUAUCAAUCUCUUGGCCAAAAUGUCUGCAAAAAUUUUGUAAUCCACAUUAAGUAACGAUAUAGGGCGAUAGUUCUUAAGCUGAGUCUUUUCAGUCUCUGUUUUCGGUAUAAGUGUGAUAUACGCCUCUUUCCACGAUUCUGGUGCCCUUUUCCCUCCAAUAUUUCAUUGCAGACUUCCUUCAAAGGUUGCAAUAACCACUCUUUCAAAGAUCUAUAGUAUCUGGAAGUCAGCCCAUCCGGUCCUGGAGAUUUGCCCAAUUGCAUAUUUUGUAUGGCACCUUCUACUUCCUGUUCAGAUAUUUUAUAGUUCAGCAUUAAUUUACUUUCUUGAGAGAUUUUUUGUAGGCCAUUUGUCUUCAAAAAUUGGUCUAUGUCCAUUUCCUUCUGUGGCCCUUGUGUGUAUAAUUGUUUAAAGUACCUCUGGAAGCAAUUUCUGAUCUCAUUUGGAUUAUGUAUACUCUUUCCUUCCACUUCUAAAUUUAUAAUAGUAUUUAAUUUUUGUCUUUUUUUCAUUUGCCAGGCCAACAGUUUUCCACAUUUAUUAGCUGAUUCAAAUGUUUUUUGUCUCAUUUGUUUAAUUUUCCAUUCUAUUUCCUGAUUCAUCAUUUCCAUAUAUUGUACUUGAUAUAAUUUUAUUUCUCUCAAAAUCUCCUGGGACUUUGGUUUUGCUCUCAAUUUCUUCUCUCCUUCUUUUAUUUUUUCCAAGAUUUUAUCUUUCUUUUCAUUUUGACUUCUCUUCUUUAUUGCAUUCUGUUGUAUCAAAAACCCUCUCAUCACGGCUUUGCUUGCGUCCCAGAUUACUCUUUUUCUACAUUGGUAUUCAUAUUUAUUUCAAAAUAAUCUCUCAAAGUCUUUUGGGCCUUUUUGUAAACUUCUUCAUCUCUAAAUAAGGUGUCAUUCAUCCUCCAUCUAAAGGAUCCGGUUGUUGUUUGUUUCAUCUCCAUCCUUACAGCAUUGUGGUCGGAACAAGUUUUUGGGCAGAUUUCUACCUUCUUUAUCUUUGGUGCCAUUCCUCUAGUUAUCCAUAUUUGGUCAAUUCUAGUCCAUGUCAUCUUGGCUUCAGAAAAAAGGUUCCUUCUCUUCCCAGGGGGUUCUUUACCCUCCAGAUGUCCACUAAGUCCAUAUUGUCUGUCAUCUCAAAAAAUGUUUUCGGUAGUCUACCAUCCUUGGUGACUACCUGUCUUUGUGCCUUGUCCAUAUUUGUAGAUACUACUCCAUUCAUGUCCCCAUCAAAAUCAAAUUAUAGUCCAAAUGAUCCAGUAGAGUCUCAUGCAACUUUUUAUAGAAUUCAGAUUUCCCUCGUUCGGUGCAUAAAUUCCCACAAUUAAGAAUUUCUCUCCUUGUAGUUGAAUUUCAAUUGCCAAAAAUCUUCCUUGAUCAUCUUUAAAAAUAAGUUUCGGUAAGAGUCUCUCCUUUGCAUAAAUCACAACUCCUCUUUUUUUGACUUUGUCAGAUGAAACAAACUCCUGUCCUAAUCUUUUAUUAAUCAAUAACUUCCUAUGUGCCCUUGUUAUAUGUGUCUCUUGUAGACAAAUCAAGUCCAAUUGUUCUUUUUUAAUAAAUGAAACACACUUUUUCUUUUUCGAGGAGAAUUCAAACCGUUACAAUUCCAGCUUAAUAGUUGCAGAGCCAUGGUGGGGGCUACUUCACUUUACCUCCAACUGCCCCAAGUGCCGCUUCUUGUUCUGUGGGUAGUAUCACUUUUUCUGGACCAUGCAGUCCAAAAGAUAAAUUUGAUAUGUCUAGUAUGCCUUUUGGUUCUUCUUCAGAUUCCCCUUCUUUCAGUAGAUCUUCCUCGUGAUCUUUCAGUAAUCUGUCUUUUUCCUCAGUUGAUUUUAUUUUUAUCUUUCUCCCUUUAUAUUUGAAGGACAGGCCUUGCGGAAAUUCCCACCUGAAAAGAAUUCUGUUUCUUUUCAAUAAGGUCACUAGGUCUCCGUAAUUGGACCUUAUGUCCAGCAAAUGCUUUGGGAUAUCCUUAAAAAUCACUAAUCUUGAGUCAUCAAUUUCCAAAGUUUUUUGAUAGUGCAAAUUCAGAAUUUUAUCUCUCUCUUCUUUUGUUCGAAAGGUAAUCAAACAGUCUCUCACCUUGCCCUUGCCUUGUCUUCUUCCGAGCCUAAAUGCAUUCACUAUCUUAAAUUCUUCCUUCCCCGGGUCCAAUUGCCAAAAAUCUGUAAAUUCCUGUGUAAGAAAGUCAGCCAAAUUAUCUUUCUACCGCUCUGGAACAGCCCUAAUUCUCAGAUUUCUCUGUCUAUCUUUUAAUUCGAUCAUAGAAAAUGUCACCUCAUGGUCCUCCAAUUUCUUGUACAGUGGUGCCCCGCAAGACGAACGCCUCGCAAGACGAAAAACUCGCAAGACGAAAGGUUUUUUCGUUUUCGAGUUGCUUCGCAAGACGAAUGUCCCUAUGGGCUUGCUUCGCAAGACGAAAACGUCUUGCAAGUUUGUUUCCUUUUCGUAAAACCGUUAAAACCCAGGGUGCAUUGCUGGAAGAGGUGCAGUUGCGACUUGACCUCGAGGAGCAACACAUUGCACGCGGUGUGGUGGCCUUUCUGAGCUUUUUAAAGAGUUUGCUGGAUUUUUGAAGCUUUUCCAAAACUUCUUCUGCAGCUGUUUGGUAAGUUAAACUUUUAAAACUUUUUUUGGGUUUUUUGGAUUUUGGGUUGGGGUGUUUAGAAUUCAAGGACUUGGUGUUGGGGAGAGGUUUGCAAGAAUCUGGGAGCUUGUGUGAUUUUUUUCUGCAUUUUUAUGAUUUUCUGUGACCAUUGGGCCAUGUUUAUUUUUUUUUAAAAAAAAUCUGGCUUUGAAUUUUUGAAUUUCUGUGUGCUGGGUGGAUGGGGAACAGCUGGGGAGGUGUUUGCAAGAAUCUGGGAGCUUGUGUGGUUUUUUUGAAUUUUUAUGAUUUUUUGUGACCAUUGGGCCAUGUUGUUGUUUUUUGAAAAAAAUUUCUGGGUUUUAAAUUUCUGUGUGCUGGGUGGAUGGGGGAACAGCUGGGGAGGUGUUUGCAAGAAUCUGGGAGCUUGUGUGGGUUUUUUUGAAUUUUUAUGAUUUUUUGUGACCAUUGGGCCAUGUUGUUUUUUUUUGAAAAAAUUUUCUGGGUUUUAAAUUUCUGUGUGCUGGGUGGCUGGGGGAACAGCUGAGGAGGUGUUUGCAAGAAUCUGGGAGCUUGUGUGCUUUUUUUUGAAUUUUUUUGGUUUUCUGUUACCAUUGGGCCAUGUUGUUGUUUUUUGAAAAAAUUUCUGGGUUUUAAAUUUCUGUGUGCUGGGUGGCUGGGGGAACAGUUGAGGAGGGGUUUGCAGGAAUCUGGGAGCUUGUGUGCUUUUUUUUGAAUUUUUAUGGUUUUCUGUAACCAUUGGGCCAUGUUGUUUUUUUUUGAAAAAAUUUUCUGGGUUUUAAAUUUCUGUGUGCUGGGUGGCUGGGGGAACAGUUGAGGAGGGGUUUGCAGGAAUCUGGGAGCUUGUGUGCUUUUUUUUGAAUUUUUAUGGUUUUCUGUAACCAUUGGGCCAUGUUGUUUUUUUUGAAAAAAUUUUCUGGGUUUUAAAUUUCUGUGUGCUGGGUGGCUGGGGGAACAGUUGAGGAGGGGUUUGCAGGAAUCUGGGAGCUUGUGUGCUUUUUUUUGAAUUUUUAUGGUUUUCUGUAACCAUUGGGCCAUGUUGUUUUUUUUUGAAAAAUUUUCUGGGUUUUAAAUUUCUGUGUGCUGGGUGGCUGGGGGAACAGUUGAGGAGGGGUUUGCAGGAAUCUGGGAGCUUGUGUGUUUUUUUCUGAAUUUUUAUGGUUUUCUGUAACCAUUGGGCCAUGUUUUUUUUUUUUGAAAAAUUUUCUGGGUUUUGAAUUUCUGUGUGCUGGGUGGCUGGGGGAACAGUUGAGGAGGGGUUUGCAACAGUUGGGGAGGGGUUUGCAACAGUUGGGGAGGGGCUGGGGGAACAGUUGAGGUUUUUGAAGACUUUGGUGAUUUUUAAAGCUUUCCCAAAAUUUCUUUUGCAGCCAUUUGAGGAUUUUGAAGACUUUGGUGAUUUGCAGCCAUUUCGUAAGUUAAACUUUUAAAACUUUUUUGGGGGUUUUGGAUUUUGGGUUGGGUGUUUGGAAUUCAAGGACUUGGUUGUGGGUUUGAAUUGCUGAUUUUUUUUUCUUUUCUGAGUUUUACAAAGGUAACAGCUGUGCUGCCAUGGGACCCAAGAAGACUGCUGCUGCUGCGGAGGCCGGCGAGAGGAAGAAGGAGAAGGUGACGCUGGAGAUGAAGAAGGAGAUCAUCCGGAAGCACGACGGUGGAAUGCGUGUGACGGACCUCGCCAGGGAGUACGGCAGGAACCCAUCGACCAUCGGGACCAUCCUGAAGAUGAGGGAGAAGAUCCUUGCGACUGAUGCAGCCAAGGGAGUCACCAGGAUCGUGAAGAACCGCCCAGCUGUUCUGGAGGAGGUCGAGAAGUUGCUCCUCAUCUGGAUAGAAGAGAAGCAGCGUGCAGGGGACACAGUGACUGAGGCCGUGAUUUGUGAGAAGGCCAAGGCCUUGCACGCAGACCUCAUCCGGGAACAGCCAGGAACCUCGGCCGAGCCAGAAGUCUUCAAGGCAAGCAGAGGCUGGUUUGACCGGUUCAAGGCAAGAUCCGGAAUCCACAGCGUGGUCAGGCAUGGAGAGGCUGCCAGUUCUGAUGUUCCUGCGGCUGAAGACUUUGCCUUGGAGUUCCUGGAGGUUGUGAAGACGGAGGGCUACGGUCCACAGCAGGUCUUCAACUGCGACGAGACCGGGCUGUUUUGGAAGAGGAUGCCCAAAAGGACUUUCAUCACUCAGGAGGAGGCCAAGUUGCCUGGCCACAAGCCCAUGAAGGACCGUCUGACCCUGCUCUUCUGUGCCAACGCAAGCGGCGACCUGAAGAUCAAGCCCCUGCUGGUGUACCACUCGGAGAACCCACGGGCCUUCAAGAAACACAAGGUCGACAAGGAGCGGCUGAGUGUCAUGUGGCGAUCCAACAGCAAGGCUUGGGUCACACGUGUGCUGUUUGUGGACUGGGUCAAUCUUGCCUUUGGCCCUGCUGUCAAACAGUACCUGCUGGACAACGACCUGCCGCUGAAGGCUUUGCUUCUGAUGGACAAUGCUCCUGCUCAUCCUAAAGGCCUUGAGGUGGACUUGUUGGAGGAGUUCAGCUUCAUCAACAUCAUGUUCCUGCCGCCUAACACCACGCCACUGCUCCAGCCGAUGGAUCAGCAGGUCAUCGCCAAUUUCAAGAAACUCUACACCAAGGAGCUUUUCAGGCGAUGCUUCGAGGUGACUGAUUGCACCACCAUCACCCUGCGGGAAUUCUGGAAGGACCACUUCGACAUCGUCACCUGCUUGAAGAUGAUCACCACGGCCUGGAAGGGGAUCAGCCAGAGGAAUUUGAAUUGCGCUUGGCGCAGCCUGUGGCCGGACUGUGUGGCACCAAGUGACUCUGAUGCACCAGAGUCGACAGUGGUGCAGGACAUUGUUGCCUUGGGGAGGACCAUGGGCCUGGAGGUCACAGAGGAGGACGUUUGCGAGCUGGUGGAGGAGCACGACCACGAGCUGACCACCCAGGAGCUGGUUGAACUGCAGUCAGAGGUUGCGCAGGAGCAGGCCUCGCUGGAAGAGGAGGAAGCAACUGAGGAACGGCUGUCCUCCAAAGAACUGAGGGACAUUUGCCAGAAGUGGAAUGAGGUGCAGGCUUUUGCAGAGCGGCACCACCCUGACAAGCACGUGGCACAUGACCAAGCGAACAUUUUUGAUACGACGGUCAUGUCGCCUCUCAGGGAGCUGCUGAAAAGGCGGAUGAAGCAGCAGACCAUGGACAGGUUCCUCAGCAAGAAGCAAAGAGUGGAAGAGGAACCUUCUUCGAGUGGUCCCUCAGAGUCUUAGAAAAUGUAAUGUACCCUUUUUUGAUUUUUAAAUGUUUUUCCUGUAAUGUUUAGAAACUUAAUUUAUUGUUCCUUCAAUUUUUGAUAUGCUCUUUAAAGUAUGUGUGACUUUAAAGAGCAGUUAAUAAACUCUUGUUGUACCAAAUUUGGCUUUGAUUGGACUUUUUUUGACCAUAGGAACGCAUUAAUUGAAUUUCAAUGCAUUCCUAUGGGAUUUCGUGCUUCGCAAGACGAAAAAUUCGCUAGACGAAAAAACUCGCGGAACGAAUUAAUUUCGUCUUGCGAGGCACCACUGUAUACAGGUGGAAUUUUCUCUUGAGUAGCAAUUGCAAUAUCUUUUGCUUCCUGUGCAGUUUGUCGAAUCAAGGCAGAUUCCUGUAGUAAUUUUUCGAUAGUAUCUGUGUUGGCAUUCACCUUCUGUCCCAAGGUAUUAAUACUUGCAGUAUUUAAAUCAAUUUUAUUUGAUGCUUCCACAACUUGUCUAUUUGUCUCAACUACUUGUCUAUUUGUUUCAGCUACUUGUCUAUUUGUCUCAGUUACCUGUUUACUUAGGCUUUCCAAAGAUUCAUUAAUUUUUGCCAGUGCCUGUGCCAAAACUUCUUCUGACGUCAUAACUUUUGAUUUAGACUGUGGGAGUGGGGCCCCUGAUGCUCCAGAUGUUGAGCCCCUUCGCGGCAACGCAGUGUCUAUCCAAUAAUGUCUGCCAGACCUAGUAGUUUUUUCCUGCGGUUCCGACUUCUUAUCAUCUGCCAUAACAGUCUCAUAGGCAUUCAAGGUCACUCCCACAGUCAGCCAAUUGUUUUGACAUAGAGUGGAAUUUUCCUCUUUGUAGCUGUUGUUGUAACAAUGUCCAACCUCCUGUAGGGGGACACAGUAACAGCCAGAACUUGUAACUUUUUAGAAACAAAAAUAGUCUUUAUAAAUCCCCCAAUUUACUUUCAAAGUCCACAGUCUCAAUACACUUAAACAGUUACUUUCAAGCCAAAAGAGGUUCGGAAACACUGUAUCACUUUUGCAGAGUUGGCUGUCAGAAAUAAGCUUUCACUAUGGACCUCUAUCUUAAGGCAGUCCGUUCCGAAUCUUAAAUUGUAAAUUCUUCUUUACUGCAGGGAAAUUCAGCUCAGUCUUUUUCCCCCUCCUCUCCUGCAAUCCGGAGGGGGAACCACUUUCAAGAUGUUGGAAUUUAGCACAUUUAAGUGACUUUCCGAGUUUCCGCUUUGAAGUCUCUUUGCUUUGAUCUAUUUACAAUUCAGGGAAGAUAGACUUCCUGGUUGUACCUUCCCCGCUCCGUGCCAAAUUAACUUUUUUUCCCUUUAAAUCCAAUUUACUCCUACUCACGGGUAGUUGUUUUCAGUGCCAAUUAUCCCAGGAAAAAAGGCAGCGCUCUCCGGUAACAGCUUCGCGGCUUCGCUCCACGGAAGAAGCAAUUUGCUCACAGCACCACGCCACCCCCGCUCCGCUCUGGAGCCCGUUGCCGAGCUCCUUUAGCAAUUGGGGGGGCGCAAACGGUGCCCGCUGAGUCCCACGGUCACAGGCUUCACCCGCCUGUGAUUUAUUUGGGGGUCCCCGCUGCGCCGUAGCGACAGGACCCAAAUUCCGUAGAGCUAGUUCUCUCCAAAUUAGAGAGAAGCAGCCAUUACCGUUGGCGCCACCUCCGGAAGUCUCUCCAACACAUGUAUUCUUUGUACACAUCUGGGAUUCACGCACCACACAUUGAACAAGCAAUGUUUCCAAGUUAGAAACUGCAUCAAAAUGCAGGGUUCUUUUUAGCAGAAACUCCAAGAUAUCUGUAGAUCCUGACUAGCAUUGUGUGCACAUGGGCUAAAACAAGAACAAAAGCAGUUUGGAAUGCCCUGGAGCUAGAUUAACCACGAAUGUGCACACAGGACAACACAGUAAACUACUCCUCUGGAAAUGGUUUCUGCUGCAUACAAAAUUGGUUGCAGCAAGAUUUAAUGUCUGGCAAAUGGCAGGAAGAACAUUACAUGAUUUACUUACCUUGGCUAAGGUCAAAGGUCACCACACUGCAUCGAUACCAAGCUAUAAAGUAUGACUAGAGUUUUAAGUAAAUGUUACAUAGCAACAGAAGUACUCAUUGGAGUAGGAGUACUUGCAUGUAGUUUUAUAAUAGGAGCGGUGUUUCCCACGGCUCGCAAGCCUCCCAGCUGUCAGUCACAUGACAUCAGGUGAUGAGUGCCAGGACUUCAAAGCAGCACACAUGGCUUGCAAAGAGCCGUGUGUUGUGCUUUAAAGUGCUGCUGGACACCUAAAGUGGUGACUUCAAGUUUGUCUUCUGCAAGAACUGGCUACAUGAUCAAGUUGCCCAUGGAGAACUUGGUUGCACAGCCUAUCUAGUGGGCUUGGAGUCACCACCCGUCAGCUGAUGGGAUGGGACGUCCUGCCUGCUUUUGACAUCAGGUGCACUGCCAGUGGGUGUAGUUUGUGUGAAACAGUCUUGUGGGCCAAAUGGAGACCCUUGCUGGGCUGAAUUUGGCCUGCGGGUCAGGUUUCCGACCACUCUUUUAUACUGAUAUAUUUAUACCUUACAUAUUUUCAAAAGCAGUUAGUUAUAGAAACAUAUUUUACAGCUGUAGAAUUGCCAGGGAAUAAAAUAUUUUAUUUCCAGAAAACAGCUGUAAGGGCAGGAAAUAAAAGCUAUAAUCCUUGAUAUAAGGUGAUAAAAGCACAGUUCUAUAGCAUUUAAUCAGGACACAAAUUGUGGAACAGCAUCAAUAUUUGAUCCUGAAGAUUUGUACAAUAUUAAAGUACAAAAAGAAAUUAAAUUGCAACUGGCAAUAUGACUUAUUGAAGAAGAAGAAGAAGAAAUGGCACAGUCCUAUAGUAAGAAGCCACAGCAGGGUGGGAAUAAUUCAGAAUUGCCAGAAACAAGUGGCAAAUUAUUUAAUAUUGCUUGAAGCAAGUGACACAAGUGUAAAGUUUGAUAGGACUGAUAAGCAGUGACAGGUUUGGCCUCUGGCAUAUACAGGCUGGGAUAGUGCUUUAUUUCUAUAGCUGCUGUGAAUCCUGUUGCUGUUGGUGGGCUGAGUAAUGGAAGAGGCACUUGCUUACAAUGACCACUGUAAUGGAGCAAGUUCUAAACUAUAACCCAACACCUGGGGGAGGGCAGAGGUGGUUUUAGAGCAGUGUGGCCAGUCCAGUGCAUUGGACGCUGAGCAGAGUGCCUGGUAAGCACUUCACUUGCCCAGGUACAGGAAGGAGGUGUGAGGGCUCUGUCGGGGGCCUAGAGCAGUGGCGAAGGAAGGCUCUCUGGCACCUGGUGCGGGCUGUCGAGGGGCGGGGCAAACCACCCACAGGGGUGGGACAAACUGCCUGUGCUCAAGGUGCCCAUAACAACAGCACACCCUAAGCUGCCCUACAGUGAGUGUAGCCCUCGACCGACCGCCAUUUUGUCAUCCCCCUCAGGGUGACACCCGGGGCGGACCACCCCUUCCUACGCCCCUGGCCUAGAGUCCUCCUGCCUCCUUCCCAAAAUCUAGUUAGUAGUUGCUCAGCUUUGGGAAGGAGACAGGAGGACUCUAGGACCCUGACAGAGCCCUAACGCCUCCUUCCCAAAGCCCAGCAUGGCGGGAGGGCUGGGGGGGAGGCUGCCAAAACUGGAGCAUCACCCAAGACUGCAAUUAUAGAUAAUUUUAGACUCGAAACUUAAGAGAUGGUCCUCUUGACAUUGUUAUCAUUAUGUUUAUUACUUUACCCACUUCAAAAUGUGGUAAGCCAGUCCUACUGCAUUUGGCAGUAAUCUUGCUCCUUCUGCUAGUGAGGUUCUGGUCUUCUGCCCCCAGAGUUGAGCCCUGAUGGUGCCACUGCCAAGACCUACUCCAGCAGUUUCCUAGAGUUGGUCUGAAUGUUGCCCCGUUUAAAAGAGUUGCUUUAUCUGCUCUGUAUUUUAGAUCAAGAAAAUACCAGUAAAAGCACCGGGGGGCGGAUAUCAAAUCCACACUAAUGGUUUAUAAUACCAUCUCAUAGGGAAUUACAGAAUAGUCACCAAGUAUGGGGUUGGAGGCUGGUAGACAGUAGACAUCGUUUACAACUUAAUUUCUUUUAAAUAUAAUUUUCGUAUUCAUUUUGCAGAAGCAAAAAAACAGGCCCAAUCUGAUGUUUCCCUGGUUUACCAGAAGAUGGCGCUGAUGAAUAAGUGUUCCUUGAAACCUUAUUUGGUAUCAGCGUGGGUGGUAGAACAAACAGGUAAAAAGCUGUCAUUGGUUCAAUUUCCACUAGUGAGAGAGGCAGCAAGCAUUCAGCAUUUGUUAUGUUUUUUGCAUGCAAGUCACAGGGCUGUGCAAGAUUUUGUGCAAACCUAGUUGACAAACUAGUAGCAACAUGCGACAAGACAGCAGCCUCUACACUGCAAACCAGGCCGUUCGCCAAUCUUGGCUGCUGCUUAACAGAAGCAGGCAGAAAUAUAAUCUCUGGCUCCUACUGACUCAGGCAAGCAGAGUCCUCCAAGCAAGGCACAUUUUGUAGUAAGGAGCAGCAACAAGCUAAUUUCUCUUGUUACUGACACCAGCAAGGAAAUCUGCCCGGGGUGGUUUCAUGGAGCAAGGAGGUUGAGCCUUAUCAGAGGGCUUGUCUAUUGCUGUCAAAAAUGACGUUCACUGCGGUUCUUCAACAAGAAGCCAAGAAAUGUGGAGGAUUCCGCCUGUGAAUCACUAGCAAGCUCUGGCAGUGGAGGAUAUAUUGUGCCUGUGUUCAGCCCUUUCUGAGGGCCUUGUUCGUUCACCUCACUAAACUUGACUAUGUCCAAAAAUAUUAUGGUGCUAAAUGCAGAAGAAUGAGUUAGCUUAUCACAUGAGUUAUCUUUUUUUUUUUACUAUUAUAUUGUUAAACAGUACUUUUUGUUUCUAUAUGUUGAAAAACAAACUUUAUUUAAAGGAACCAAACGAACGAAAAUUCAACAGUUUCUGUAAAAUAUUCAUAGAUAUACAUAAAAUAUAUACCAUUUCUUUUGUGCAAAACUGUCAAUUAACUUGUUGUCAUUGUGUUAUUCAUUCAUUCAUUCAUUCAUUCAUUCAUUCAUUCCCUGCCCUUCAUCCUAAGGUUCCGGAGUGGAGUUGCAUCUUGCAAAAUUCAAUGCAGAACUUUUGAUCGCUGAAAUUGCUGAACAAAUUAAACGUUCUUGA